AUGGAAGUCAUGGAAUUUCCAACGAAGGCUUCCAGUUGUCCCUGCAGGUUUGCGGCGGUGGAGCACCUGAGUGUGACGGAGCUUCAACAGCUGCAGGCCAAUGUCUCAGCAAUGGAUGACCUGAUUCUUGAGGUGAAGGACCUCUUGCAGCAGCUGAAAGCGGUGCGGCAGGAGGGGCGAAGCGUUGCUGAUGCCAUCAUGGAUCGCGAGCCCAAACUGCAGGAGGCUGCCGUUGACUACGAAGGAAAACGAGAGGCGUUGGCCCAGCUGAGGUCUUCCGUGGAGGCCAAGAUCCAGCAGCGGCAGGAGAUCUUGCAGAAACGGAGCCCCCAGCGCCUGGGGGUCCAGCUGAACGCCGGGAGAGCCCAGACUGGGCCGUUGGCAAGAGCUCAAGACGCUGAGCAGCUGGCAGAAGAGACCCUGAACCAGGCGUUGGAUGCUGGUGCCAUGGAUGCCAGCGGCCUGAGCCAAUUCAGGCAGCAGUUCAUGCAGCAGAAGAUGAAGAAACACCUGAACCUCGCGCUGAAGUCUGCCGUAGAGUCAGGAAUCUCAGGCGACAGAGCAAGGCCGGUAGAUGCCUUAGCCAAAGAGCUGGGGGGUGAUGGAGAAUUCCAAUGGCGAGGGAACUUUGAACUCAUUCGCCAGAUGUGGCUUUGGUUCACAGUGCCCCGUCCGCGUUACGCGGCCAUGGGCCAUCCAGGCGCUCCGUCCGGUGUGGGCGGUGGCAACCCGGGCGACGCCGGGGCGGGUGCCAGCGGUGCCAGCGACCAGCGCGCGGCGCGGGAGCGCUACCGCAAUGCGCUCUUUGAUCGGGAGGCCAAAGCAGCCACCGCUUUGCUUGAGCAGGUGCGGCACUACGUGGGCCGUUCGGGGAAGUGCCACGUGAGCGACUUCGAGGACCUGUGCACCAUCCACCAUGCCAUCAGCAACCUGUACCAGCGCGUGCGGAGAUUCUCCAACGUGGAAGCCAUGCCGCGGGUCUAUCGCAACGCCGUGAAGGGCCCAGCCGUCGGACCGAACGAAAGGCCAACAGCGCCCACUCAGAACGAAGCCGAGCUGCUGAUCCUCAACAGCGACGGCCUGGAGGCGAAGGCCGAGGACGACGGAAGCGCCGCCGUUCUUGGCGCUUCGACGGCGUCUGUGCCGCUGGUGGCCUUGGAAGUCCUCCCCGCCGCCAUUGUUCGAUCUGGUGCGCAAGGUGCCAGAAAUCACGGUGCAGGACCGACUUUGUUGGCACGAUUUUGA